UUGGGGGUUUGUAAAUAUUCAUCUAGUAAAGGAUUAUACGUUGACAACAAUCUGUAUAUAUAAACUCGCGUGUAUAUUUAAACACUCACGUGUGUUUGAUAUCACAACAUAAACACAUAAAGGAGAUACUAUCGGCUCUAGAGAAAUGAAAUAUAUGACGCCGAAAAGUUUAGCGAUGUACUGGAGAUUGUUUUAUUUAUAGCUGUGGUUUGUGUUGAAGGAUUUCUAUUCUUGUGGAGCGAGGUUACCAUGGUAAUAAUCAUCUGUCAGAUAUUACUGUGUGUAAUAUACACCACAGCGUAUGAAAAUUUAGCACUACGGAGGCCAGCAUGGCAGCAACAUAAUUAUUCUGGUAGAGAAAUGCAAUGGGGAGCAGCGAAGGCUGUGGACGGACUGUACACUGACCGCUCAGCAGGAGGAAAUCAAUGCACUCAAUCUAAUAAUAGACAAACAACAGCGACGUGGAGAGUGGACCUGGAGAGUGUGGUCAGCAUCAGCCACAUUGACUUCUACUACAGGACGGACAAUCUUCCGAUUCCUAGUGUAUACACUACGCGUUUUGCUGGAUUUUACCUCUACGUAUCCAACACCACGUCAAAGGAUGACGGCCAUCUUUGUUUCCAUGAGAUACAGACUGUGGACGGUACACCAAUAGAGAACCAGACAAUAAGCUGUUCUGUUCAUGGACGAUAUGUCAUAUACUACAACGAACGGAAGCCGGGUGUUAACUAUCCUAGUUACUACUCACAAUAUGCAUUUAAUGAACUGUGUGAAGUGGAAGUUAAUGGAUGCCCUGACCCAAGAUAUUAUGGAGUUAAUUGCAAUCAACCCUGUCCUGACGGAUGUCAAGAGAAAAGGUGUGACGUCAUUACGAGUCAAUGUCUGGGGUGUAUACCGGGAUAUCAAGGUCCUCGCUGUAGUCAAGGUAAACAUACACAAACAGGUAUCGUGAGUUUAUCCUAUGUUAUCAGGUAUAUCGUGUAUCGUGUUUGCGUAUACCAGGUAUAUCGUGUUUUGCGUAUAUUAGGUAUAUCGUGUAUCGUCUUUUGCGUGUAUCAGGUUUUCCUUUUAUCGUCAAAAUCGUUUAGUGCAUACAUUCGAAAACUACCGGGGUCGUAUAUUGAAUAUAAUGAAAAAAGAGUUUUAUUCGUGUUGUUAAAGAUGUUAUUUUUAGGAAUUGUGGAAACUGUCUUUGGAUUCUAAUUCUAGUUCACUUAAUGCAUUGUUUUUAUUCGUGUUGUUGUUCGCUUAAUGUUAAGCGGUUACUAACUUGUUUCGAAAUAAAUAUAUAUUUUCGAUGCGUAAAAAGUUCAUCUUGUGACUAUUCUCCCUGUAAUUAGUAGAUUUUUAAAAGACAUUUCUGGUAAAAGUACAGCACAAGAAACAUUCUAAAUUACAAAAUACCGUCAAAUAUAUUACAAAAAUUCAUGUAUAUACAAGCCCUGAUAAAUGAGUGGAAUUCAGAUGGUGUUGGAAUCAAAUGAAGUGGAUUUUGGGGGAUUUGUAUGAAUAUAUUUAAGAAAAAAG